GUGACUGUCUUGGAUGAAGUGGACUUCGCAGAGUAUUCGGCGAGAGACCAGGGCCGUCUGCUCAGCAUCAAUGUGCCGGCGCAGCUUUGCACGGUCCAGUUCAGAGGACGCCGUCUGCCAGUAGAGGUGCCUGUCCGGCACUUGCGGCUCAGUCAUGCGGAUGAGCUUACAGAAAGCCCGGAGCGCAGCGUCAGUCGGCAGAGAAAGGCCCCACCUCCAGAG